AUGCGCCGAGCCCAGAUCCUGACGCCCGCGGACCCACCGCCCGACGCCGCACGCAUGCGAGCGCUGGGCUGGGACGUCGAGGAGGAGCUCGGGCCGGACAUUACGGCGCCCGUCGUGCUCGAGUCGCUCGAGGAGGCCUGGCGCGAGGUGCGCGGCGGCAAAAGCGACGACGAGGACGAGGGCAAGGACGAGAUGGACCUCGGCGAGGCCGCCGUGAGCUGGCGGGGCGCGCCCAUGGUCGCGCGGCCGGCGGCGCGGCCGCGGCUCGACGAGGCCCUCGCCUUAUCAUUGCUGAAAGCCAUGUACAACGCGGCCCGCGACAGCAUGGGCGUCGGCAAGCGCCAGCUCGUGGCGGCCUUCAAGGACGAGCGGCGCCGGGCGCGGCCGGACUACGCGGCCGCGGCGGCGUCGUCGGGCGCCGAGAUCACGCUGGGCGACGACGAGGUCGACAACGACAACGCCGACCCCUACACGUUCGACCUGAACGCCUACGCCACGUGCGUCGCGGCGGUGUCGUGCGCGCGGGACGCUGCUGCUUUAGAGGUCUUUGGGCGGAAGCUCGGCGAGGAGACGCUCGCGGCCGUGUCCAACCGAGCGCCGGGCGGGCUCGCCCCGGACCUCGGGACGCUCGCGGCGCUGCGGGAUUUGCUGGACCGCCUCGUGGGCUUUGGCUACUGCGACGCGGCCGACGCGGCGCCGGGCGAGAAGGGCGUCCUGAUCAAGGUGCGCGUGCCGGCGACGCUCGCGGCCUGCUCCGCUGCGGACCUCGUGGCGUCCGGGGCCGUGCCGGACCUGCACCGGCGCGCGUGCACGGCCCUCCUCGAGCGCCGGGGCGGCCGCGUCGUCGCGUGCGCAACGACGCGGACGGGCGACUGCCUCGAGCACAGCCUGGAGCUCGCGGCCGGUGCCUAAGAUGUGUG